GCAGGUAGAAGCUCUCUUUUGUCUACCUUUAAAAUGUCUUCACUUAUCAAAUUAGAAAAAUUUAAAGGAGAUGGUACUCAGAAUGUCAAAGCAAGGUUACAAAGUUUUACCCAGUGGGCCAAAUUUCAUGAUUUACCAGAUUCCAAGGAGGUUAAUGCUUUUCCGUUUUAUUUAGAGGGUCAUGCCAAAGUAUGGUAUGAUUCAUUACCGUAUGAACAAAAAAUUAACGCAACGCUACUAACAUCUCUUUUUCAGGAAAGAUUUACAGAAUUAGAAUUUUUUUUGGAUUUGUCGGUAUUACAAUUGAAACAAGAAAAAACAGAAUCUGUUGAAGAUUUGUUAACAAAACUUAUAAAAAAGGGAACAAUUAAGAAUAUUCCAGAAAAAGUUUUACUUUCAGUUGCAAUGAAUGGUUUAAGAUCUGAUAUUAAAACACAUGUUGUUACGCAGAAUCCCAAAACAAUGGAACAGUUAAGGCAAAUUGCAAUUUUGGCAGAAAAAUCUCAACCAAGUCAAAUUACAACGUUAGAAACGUAUGCAAAUUUUGUUGUCAAAAUUAAAAAUUAA